UUCAACCCCUUUCUCUUUCUUCAUCUUCUUUAGUAUACGAGAGAGAGAGAGAGCAAAUGGAAUCUGAGGGAGUGUGGUUACCAUUUCACGAGCAUCCUAUGAUGCCUUGGAAUGAUCUGAGGAGAGGUGAUUGUUGUGGGAGAUAUGAAUCACAGAGUGACGGCUACUUUUGUAAACUCUGUGUCUUUUUCGUCCACAAGAAAUGUGGCAACGACGAGAUCUCUGAAUUCAUCGACCACCCAUCUCACCCCGGGCACACUCUCGAGCUUCAACAUGAAUCAAGUAACAGAUGUGACUUUUGUCGUUGGAAAAUCUCAAAGCUAUUCUACCGUUGUGACAUGUGUGACUUCGACUUGGAUCUACACUGUGCCAAGCAACAACCACCAAAUGUUAUUGACAAUUUUGAGACCCAUCCCCACAAGCUCAUACUUCUCAAGAAAGGGACUAAGUUCGACUGUUCUGCUAAAUGCGGGAAGGCUAGUGGUGGACUUCCUUACAAAUGUGAUGAAUGCGAUGUAUCCUUCCACGUGGAUUGUGUAUGGAACCCAGCAAUAAAGCUAAAUUACUCACCAGAGGUAAACCACCCUUACCACUCCUUGCAUCCUCUUAAGCUCCUCACAGGUCCACCACCGCACUAUUCUGAUGGUAAAUGUCGUCUUUGCGGAACAGAGAUUGGUGAAUAUUUUUAUCAUUGUUCUUCUUGUAACUUCACUGUGGAUUUCCAUUGUGUUCUUAUUCCACCACAAAAAUCUCUUGUUGAUCCGAAAGUGCAUGAUCACCAACUCACCCUUCUUCCAAGACUCGAUUCUUUUACAUGUAAUGCUUGCGGUCUAAAGGGAGAUCGAAGCCCUUACGCAUGUUUUGAUUGUGGUUUCAUGAUCCAUCAAGAUUGUCUUGGCCUUCCACGUGUCAUUAACAUCAACCGGCAUGAUCACCGUGUUUCUCGUACUUCGGUUCUUGGUGACGCUGCUAUGAAUUCUGUGUGUGGAGUUUGUCGCAAGAAAGUGGAUUGGACUUGUGGUGGGUUUUCUUGCAAGAGGUGUCCUGGCUAUGUCGUUCAUUCUAAAUGUGCUACCAGAAAAGAUGUGUGGAAUGGGGAAGAACUAGAAGGAGUACCUGAAGAAGAAGAAGAUAUAGAACCAUAUGUGGUGAUAGACGACAACACAAUACAACAUUUCAGCCACAAAGAGCAUUACCUCAGAUUCAAUGAGAAUGGUGUUUUGUAUGAGGAUACCAAACGAUGCAGCGCAUGCACCCAUCCCAUCGGUCUUCAAUCUUUUUAUAGCUGUGUGAAUUGUGAUUUUUCUCUACAUCAGAAUUGUGCUGAAUGUCCUAAAAGGAGACGACAUGUACUACACAAUGAACGGCUCACUUUAGUUACAAACAAGGAGCUACAAGUCUUCAGUUGUGAUGCUUGCUAUCGAAGGUCCAAUGGUUUCAUGUACAAGGAUGAAGAUAAGGAUUUUGAUGUCUUGUGCGGUUCAAUUUCUGAGCCAUUUUUCCAUCCAAGUCAUCCCCAACAUCCCUUAUAUUACAUUCCAACAGAAGAAGUAGAAAUAUGCAAUGGUUGCAACAGAAGGGAAUCACAUGUCCUCAGGUGCAUUGAAGGUGAUUGUGGAUUUGCAUUGGGAUUCAAAUGCGCCACUCUACCACAAGUGGUGAAGAAUAGAGUAGACGAUCAUCCUCUCUCACUGUGCUAUGGCGAAGAAGAGGAGGCAAGUGGUAAAUAUUGGUGUGACAUCUGCGAGAAAGAAACCGAUUCAAAGGAAUGGUUCUACACUUGUAAAGAUCAGCGGGCUAGUUUGCAUACAAGUUGUGUGCUCGGAGACUCGACAGGGCUCAUGCCAAGAAGUUUAGCAAAGAUUUGGGGCAAAUCGUGUCAGGUGGGGCUCAAUGAUAGUGUAACUCGUCCGUUUUGCAAGGGGCGGUGUAAGGAUCGUUGCAAGUACCCUAUCUACUUCAAGUUGCUUGGAAGAACCUCAGAGACAUACCUUUGCUCCGUUUCUUGCACAUAUUGGUUUCGUUGAUGAGGAAAGAUGUUUUAUUCGUUCAAGUUUCUUAUAUUCUUCCUUGGACAAGUUCACUUCCAUUAUGAAUUUGAUGAUCUCUAUCGAACUUAUUUUUAUUUUAUUUUAAAAAGGUGAGCUGUUUUCUUAUAAAUUUAUAGGUAACAGAUUCUUGAGGAUUUAAAGAACAAUCGCUGUGAAUCAUAGUGUAACCGAGUGUUGUUAUCACCAUUCUUUGUGUUAUCUCUGCCUAUUCAAACAUGGAAGAAAGAUGUAUCUCUCUUCUCUUGGGUAGAAAAUGAUUGCUUAUCAAAGCAUUUUUCAGUAAACUAUUAUAGAAGGAAAUCGUGAAAUCAAAGCAUAACACAAUGUCUCAACUCUCAACACUCUUGAACUUUCAUGUAGGUCACAGGGGAAGCAGAAUAUACUGAUGCCCCAGUGCCUCCAAAUCUUCACGUGGUUUUGCUGGUAUGUUUCUUGCCAAAUACGGUCCAGCAGAUAAUAAGACUGGACCUGUGGUAGCUGAUGAAGAAUUAUUUGCUACAGAUGUGGUCACAUGUGUGGGACAAGUCAUUGGUGUGGUUGUUGCGGAUACACAUGAAAAUGCUAUAUUACCAGCAAUAUUAUCAAUCAAGGAGGCUAUUGCUGCUAAAAGUUUCCACCCAAACACAGAGAAAAUGCUAAGGAAAGGAGAUGUAGAGCUAUGCUUUCAGUCAGGUCAGUGAGAUAGGAUAAUAAAUGGAGAGGUUCAAAUGGGCAGCCAGGAACACUUUUACAUGGAGCCCAUGGUAGUUUGGUCUGGACAAGUGAUGGUGGCAACGAAGGUUGGGUUUACUAAUGGUGGGAAAGUAUUGGCGUAUGACCUUGAAGUCUACAACAAUGGUGGAAACUCUUUGGAUCUUUCCCAAGCUGUUCUUGAGAUUGCCAUGUUUAACUCUGAUAAUGUCUAUGAGAUCCCACAUGUGAGGAUCAGAGGGAACGUUUGCUUUACUAACUAUCCUAGCAACACUGCUUUCCGAGGCUUUGGAGGUCCGCAAGGCAUGCUUAUAACCGAAAACUGGAUCCAGAGAAUCGCAGCUGAACUGGAUAGAAGCCCUGAAGAAAUCAAAG